CAUGCCAGCCGAGCAGGCAGCAGCCGAGUAGCAGCAGCGGAAACCGUUCACGGGGAAGGAGGAGCGGGAGAGGGCGCGCGCGGGGACCGCCGGAAGGGACUCCAGACAUCACCUCCCCUCAUUUCCAGUAGAAAGCGAGAGUGGUUUGUCCGUUUCACCGGAGGAAACGCCAAGACCUCCGAAUCAUCAAGUGGAAGGGAGGUUAGCUAGCCUGCACCGCCGUCGCCGCCGCCAUCUCCUCCUCUAAGUCGGAGCGGCCGCCGUGUCUUCCACACCAUGGGGAACGCCGCCACAGCCAAGAAGGGCAACGAGCUGGAGAGCGUCAAAGAGUUUCUUGCCAAAGCCAAAGAAGAUUUCUUACGUAAAUGGGAAUGCCCACCACAGAGCACAACGUGUCUAGAAGACUUUGACAGAAUAAAGACUCUGGGCACAGGCUCCUUCGGGAGAGUUAUGCUGGUCAAACACAAAAGCUCAGAGCAAUACUUUGCCAUGAAAAUACUGGACAAGCAGAAGGUGGUGAAACUCAAGCAAAUAGAACACACAUUAAAUGAAAAAAGGAUAUUACAAGCUGUGAGCUUUCCGUUCCUCGUCAGACUUGAGUACGCGUUUAAGGACAACUCCAAUUUGUACAUGGUAAUGGAAUACGUUCCAGGAGGGGAGAUGUUCUCACACCUAAGACGAAUUGGGAGGUUCAGUGAACCACAUGCAAGAUUCUACGCUGCUCAGAUAGUGCUGACAUUUGAAUACCUACACUCGCUAGAUCUCAUUUACAGAGACCUAAAACCUGAGAAUCUUCUCAUCGACCAUCACGGCUACAUCCAGGUGACAGACUUUGGAUUUGCCAAGCGAGUAAAAGGGAGAACCUGGACGUUGUGCGGAACACCGGAGUACCUGGCCCCUGAAAUCAUUCUCAGCAAAGGCUAUAACAAAGCGGUGGACUGGUGGGCUCUGGGCGUCCUCAUCUAUGAAAUGGCAGCUGGUUAUCCUCCUUUCUUCGCAGAUCAGCCUAUUCAGAUUUAUGAAAAGAUUGUGUCUGGGAAGGUGCGAUUUCCCUCCCACUUCAGCUCGGAUUUGAAAGACCUGUUGAGAAACUUGCUGCAGGUGGACCUGACCAAACGUUACGGCAACCUGAAGAACGGAGUCAAUGACAUCAAAGGCCACAAAUGGUUCGCCACGACGGACUGGAUCGCAAUCUACGAGCGAAAGGUGGAAGCCCCUUUCAUACCAAAGUGCAGAGGUCCCGGAGACACCAGCAACUUUGACGACUACGAAGAGGAGGAGAUCCGCGUUUCUCUAACAGAAAAGUGCGCCAAGGAGUUUGCGGAGUUUUAGAAGGCGAGAAAGUGGAUAUAUCAGGGAAAUGAAGUGGGAUCUUUGCACUCUUCAAAAAGACUUGGGAUGGAGCAAAGACGGUGUUUUUUUCAAAUCUACGUAGUCCCUUCAUUCCACGAAGGCCACAUAUGGCUGAAUGAGGUCAACACAAUCCUCAGGUGCCCAUAACCUCUCACUGUCUCAUACACCUGGGUAUUAAAGCAGACACAUCACUCUUUUCUUUUUGAAUGCAUACUUUUUUCUUUUUUUUUUUUUUUACUUUGGUCUCUUUUUAACCCCAGUUUGACAUACGUUGACUUUCAGGAAAAGCGGCGGCCAAUUACGCUCGCCACUGACCUUCCUGUGGCUGUUUGUGUCUUCCCUCCCACCAUCAGCAGUGUGUAACUAAAAGUCCACAUCAGAGGUACUUCUGUGGUUUGUACGUCAGUUGAAAGACGUCCGAACACGUGCGGCGUUUAAAGCAUGACCAAAUAGGAAACAAAAUCGGAGUCACACAAGAAAGAGAGGCCAUUUCCUUUCUUUGCUUUGCCUUAGAGAGUCACGUCCUCAGACUCCUCCCCCCUCCAUUCGCUCUCCGCUCCACCAUCCCACCCCGGCACAGCACGCUACUGCAGAAAAUGACAAACCUUGCAUUUGUAGAGCAAAGGUUCACUUGUUUGUGUGAUCCCUUUGGGUCUUAGUUCCACGUAAACGUCAUCAUUUGCUAUAUUGUUUUUUUGUUUUUUCUUCUUUGUCACUGUUUUUAAUAUGUAAUCCCUAGGUUUCAGGUCUGCUUUAGACCCUUUGUUACGAGUCUGUGUGGAACAGUGAGACUUCUGUAAAUGGAAAAGAAUGAAAGGCGAUUUUUAUUGAGUGUUUUUGUAAAGUUGCAACAACCCGUGUGAACAGUGUUUGGGUUUUGUACCUCAACACUAUUAGCUCUAACGAGAAAACGUAAUCCACAAUGAGAAAUGUUUCAAAAAAAAAAAAACCCAAGAAGCAGGAUGGCAAAAAUAAUAAAUAUACCAUCUCCUGUCUUUUACCGCCCCUGAAGUUUUUCAUUCUUAUCAAAGAAUGUAGAUUUGCAACUUCUAGUUAUGUGUUUGAAAGCUUGAAUUCAAGGUAAAAACUUUUCCUCACGAUGCACUGGCUAAACGAAAGACCGCUCCGUCAUAUCACAUAUAAUCUUGUUAUUGUUGAGCUCAUUGCAUUAUACGUAUAUGCAUUGUUUCAUAUAUGUUUUUAUUUAUACACAUUAGAGAUGCUAAUAAAUUUUAUUUUUAAAACUCUU